CGGAAGUUAGUUUAUUUCGUGCAAUGCGGAAUUUAGCAUAGCAACGCACACGUUUGUUUGGACAAAAACGUGGGACGAGGUUCAUUUUUAUUUGAUCUCCGGAGUCUUUGAACCGUCUACAAGGAUAAAAUGUUGAAAGAGUUGGUGAGGGAACGCCUCAUUGUGGCCGCCGAUGAAAUCUUCGGCCUGUUUGAAAGAACGAUGGCAUCGUACGAGGAGCAACUUUCUAGAGCCAGAGAGGAGAGCGAGCGACACCGACGUCAACUUCAAGCUGUUUGCAAGUGUCAAGUUGUCGUACGACUUGAAGAUGUCCAGCAACUAAUUGGCGGUCAGGAAAAGCUUCCCCCUCAGGCGCAGUGGGGGGGCUCCAGUUCGGAGCAUCCACCGCCCCCCAUUGUUAUUAAAAAAGAGGAGGCUCCAGAACCCCCUACCAUCAAAGAAGAAGAUGUUAAAAGGGAAGAGGACAGGGCUCAUUUCAGGAAGUUGUCUAUGUCCGGUGUGUCUGUAGAAAGGGACAACAAUGAGGAUGAACGCUCAAGUGGAGACCAACCUGGAGGACCACAACAAGAAAAACUCUCGGCUCCACGGUCACACAGCGAUUACACGGAGGAACCUUCGGAGAGCGGCGCAGAUGGCAAAGGUGAUGAAAAACAGUCUAAGUGUUCUCAAAAGGAAAAAACUCUUGCCAACGGGGACGCUCCAAAAAAUUGGCAAAAACACCCAACUUGCUCACAUUGCGGUAAACGUUUUCCUUACAAAUCAGAAUUGAUAAUACACAUGAGAAGACACACUGGAGAAAAACCCUUCACUUGCUCAGUUUGCGGUAAAGCUUUCUUCCGGAGAGCCAGGUUGGUAGAACACACAAGAAUACACACGGGAGAAAAACCCUUUAGUUGCUCUGAUUGUAGUAAAACGUUCUCGCAUAAAGGUAGUUUGGCAAGACACAAGUUGACGCACACUGGAGAAAAACGCUUUCGUUGCCAGGUUUGCUCUAAAACCUUCACUGAAAAAUCAAACUUGGAAGUACACAGCAGAAGGCACACAAAAGGAAAAACCUUUUGUUGCUCCGUUUGCGGUAAAACGUUCUAUCAAAAGGGAGGUCUGCAAUCGCACAUGAUAACACACACUGGAGAAAAACCUUUUAAUUGCUCAGUAUGUAGCAAAGCAUUCACCGUUAAAAAAUCCCUGGUGGCGCACAUGACAACACACACAGGAGAAAAACCCUUUAAUUGCUCAGUUUGUAGCAAAGCAUUCGCCCUAAAAAAAUCCCUGGUGGUGCACAUGAGAACUCACACGGGAGAAAAACCCUUUUGCUGCUCAAUUUGCGGUAAAUUACUCUCUCAAAAGCAAGCGUUGACACUUCACAUGAGAAUACACACAGGAGAAAAACCCUAUAGCUGCCCCAUUUGCAGCAAAAAAUUCGUCCUAAAGCAAUACAUGACAGUACAUAUGAAAAGACACAUGUGCAAAGACACGCUGGAGGAAAAUCCUUUUGUUGUUCAGAUCCAUUGAUUGCGGGUGAAUUUAUUAACCUUUUCGUGAAUGGAUUAGAUUUUUUUUUCAUAAAGUUUUUGUUGCAUUCAUAUCGAAUAAGGAUCUCAAACUUUCGGUCUGGUGGCCAUUUGCGGCCUGCGGGACAAUAUUUUGCAGCUCCAAUUUGACAUAGAUAGUGUAAAGCGCUUUGAGCGCCUUGAAAGGUGGAAAAGCGCUAAAUAAGUAUAACACCAUUUACCAUUAGGUUGUAGUUUUAGUGUUGGCCGCAUUUGUUUAACUUUUUUAUUACUGUUUGAGGCUGUGCUCAGCAACGCUUUAAAUGUUUGUUAUCCGAUGACUCAAUUGAUUACUUACAGUGCCUUGCAAAAGUAUUCGGCCCCCUUGAACAUUGCAACCUUUCGCCACA